AAAAUCCCUUUAAAGCUUAUAAUUUCAAUUACCCCAACAAGAAAAAGAACCCUAAAUUCCCUUUUUCUUUUUCCAAAAAUCUUUAAGUAAAUCUUUCCUCUUCGCAAAAAACCCAGAACUCGAAGCCAUAGAAUUUGAUUAAUUUUACGAGUUAAAUGGAAGAGUAUUGGCGAAUGUGCGUUGGAGUAUCAAUAACCCAAAAUUUCCCACAUCGAAAAUCCAUGGAAAACACUGGUUUUUUUCAAAAAAACGCCUCCGUUUUCAUGGCUGAUGAUCAUGAUUUCUCCGACGUCUUCGGUGGUCCACCGCGGAGUGUGCUUUGCAGGGAGUUCACUGAUGAUUUCACCCAAUCGGCGUCGUUUUACGAUGAGGCUUUCAGGCCAUUGGAUUUCAGUUCGUGUUAUUCGAUUAAGGGUGGGAGGAGUUUGCCGGCGUUUAGGAUUCCGGCCAAAGUGGAAUGGUCGUUCUCCACUGACAUUUUCGAGUCAGAUGAUGAUCUCCGGCGAUCUAGCUGGGAACGAACCGAGUCGGAUUCAUCUUCGGUGAUGAGUUGGCAGGAAAUGAGCGGUCUCCGGCGAACGGACGGUGAUGAUAUCGGACUGUCGUCGUAUUUUGCUCCAAAACUCAGAUGGAACUCAACAACAAAUCAAGAACCAUCAAAACAACAAGAACAACAACAACAGAUGCCACCAUUUCCAAGCACUGCUUCGUUUUAUAAUGGAAAUCUUCACAUGGAAAACGAAAACCGUAUUGAUAAUCCGAUGAAAAGCUCAUCGCUUUAUCGUUUCAACAAACGUACUUCUUCCCCGGAAACCAUUAGCUUGGAACCCCAUUCUUUUUCAAGCAUCAAGAUAUCAUUGGCCGAUGAUUCGGAGUUCAACUCCCCUUCGUCCCUGUCUUCAUGUUUUAGUCAAGAACCUGAGACCAUAGCCAGAGUCCAGACUAAUCCGCUCUCAGAAGAUGAAUACGAUGAUGACGAGGAUGACGAAGACGGAAUGAGUUCUUAUGUUAUUGAGAUAAAUUCUGAUUUUAGACAAAGUAGCAGUGAAGAAGCAGUUUCAAUUGAUGAAGCCAUUGCUUGGGCAAAAGAGAGAUAUAAUAAUACCCAAAGAGAACAUGAAAAUGAUCAAACAAUGCAAUCUCCAUUGGAAGAAAAACCGAGAAAACCCAAAACCGAAGAAGAAAAAGACCAAGAUCUGAAGCAUUGGUCAUCUGGCAAUGAAAAUAACAUCCGAAUGCUCCUUUCAACACUUCAUGAUAUUCUAUGGGCAAAUAGUGGUUGGCACAGGAUAGAUCUCACAAGCCUUGCAGAAAGCUCACAAGUGAAAAAAGCUUAUCAAAAAGCAAGGCUCUGUCUUCACCCAGACAAACUGCAACAAAGAGGUGCAACAUUAUCACAAAAAUAUGUAGCAGAGAAGGCCUUUUCCAUCCUCCAGGAUGCAUGGAGUGCCUUCAUCUCCCAAGAUGUCUUCUUCAACAAGUCAACAAAAAUGCAAGGAAUUUUGGAAUCUUUUUGGGAAGCUUGGAACAAACAAGGAGUCCACGGACUCGAAGGAAUAAGGGCCGUGUUAAAAGCUUAAAAGACAAAAUUGCAGACAAAUCUUAUGUAUAUUGUAAGAAAAAUUGCAGUUAGAAUGUUGUAUAUAUUUUAUUUAUAUAUAAAGAAUGUUUUAUGCUUGUUUAAUGUUUUUCAAA